AUGCCUGGCUUCGCGGACUCGUUCUGGACCCCCGACUAUGCCACCGGCCUCGGGGUUCUCUAUGGCAAGUUGCAGCAGGGCGUGACGGAGAACAGGCAGAUCUUGACGAUCGCCGCCCUAAGGGCGGAUGCGGAGGAGCAGUAUGGUCUCCGCAUGGGCGAGAUUGCGCCGAGCGUCGAUCGCAUGUCUGCUGCGGGUUUCGGCAAAGAUGACGGUGCGAGUGUGAGGAAGGCUUACGAAGGUGUCCGCACGGAAAUGGUCGAAGCCUCCCGCAACCACCGGAAGAUUGCUAGCAAUAUCCGCGAACUCGUCGUGGCGCCCUUUCGACGCUGGUGCGAUGGCCAUGAAUUCCGUGUUCAGGCCUCGCAUGAUAACCUCCAAGGCCGCAUUAAAGAACACUCCAAGCAGGUAGAGGUGGUGAAGAAGCUGCGCAGCCACUACUUCAACAAGUGCCGUGUAGUCGAAGAUCUCGAGGAGGAGAACAAGCUCGCUUUCCAAGAUCCCGAGAACAGCCCCAAGGUCAAGCCGACACCGAAAAUCGUCCUCCCCACCGAAGAAGAGCCCGAUGAAGAGGAGGAGCCCGUCGAGAUUGGAGAUCGCGUCUACCCGCCGGAGGAGAUCAAGGGACUUUUGCUGCACAUGCUGAACAACAUCAAGCUGGGCGAGUCUAAGGUUCCCAUCAUCGGAACAUAUCAGAAUACUUCGACUGGCGCGGAUAUCGUCGAGUACCUCCAGAACCACAUGGGAGCCACGAAUCUCGCUCAGGCGGAGCGCAUCGGACAGGAUCUGGUGGACAACGGCUUCCUGCGAUUGAUUGGCAACAUGGGCAACACCUUUGCGAACAGCUCGAAAAUGAACUACCAAUGGCGCUCCAAGGUUUUCCAGCUGACCGGUAUCCCCGAGAAGAAGCGACCUUUGAUGCGCGUGACAUCUGUCGCCUCGAGCGAAGAUGGCAGUGGGAGCGACUCGCCCAUCGCGUCUGUCUCUGAAAUGAUUGCCGGCUGGAACCCAUUGAACAACCCGUACCCGAAUGAGACCCCCGCCGAGAAGCUGCGGCGAGAGGCCACUGAGGCCGAUGAACGCUACAAGUCAGCUGUGCGCCGGCUGGAUCAGAUCCGGUGCCGUCUGGAGGAAGAAGUCAUUGAUAACCUGCGGUUCAUGGAGCAGUGCGAGCUUGACCGCCUCAAGGCUAUCAAGGCCGUCGUUCUCGAUUUCUCUGGCGCCAUCAGCAAUGUCAUUCCCAACCUCCAGAGCACUGUCGAUAACAUGAUGCUCUAUCAAGAGACGAUUCAGCCUCUGGGUGAUUUGCGUUACCUCCUGGAGAACUAUCGCACCGGUGGCUUUGUUCCUCGCGUGCAGGCAUACGAGAACUACUAUGGCUCAGUCGAGGAACAAAACUUUGGCGUUGAUCUCGAAGCCCGAGCUCGGGUCGAUCGUAAACGCGUGCCAAUUCUCGUUACGACCAUUUUGACUUACCUUGACAACCAAUACCCCGAGCUUGAGGGUGACGAGGCUCGCCGCGGAAUCUGGCUUCACGAUUCGUCGCUAACUACCAUCCACCAACUGCGCACCGCGCUGAACAACAGCAAAGUGGAUUAUCGCGAGAUUCUGCCAAAAUUUGAAAUUCCCAUCGUUGCUAGCGUUUUGAAAUUGUACCUUCUUGAAUUGCCAGACUCCCUUGUUUCUUCUCAAGUCUACGAAAUCGUCAAGACCAUAUACUCCACUACUGCUCACGAGACUACGGAAGAGGGACGGAUUAAGGUCCUGCAGAGCACGCUUGGACAACUCCGUCUCGUCAACAUCGCCACGCUUGAUGCCAUCAUGACCCACUUCACCCGCCUGCUUGACCUGACAUCCGCCGAUGAGCAGUACACUACCUUGCUGGCCCAAAAUCUUUCCGCAUGUGUGCUCCGGCCUCGCACCGAAAGCAGCUUGACCAUGGACGAGCGCCACAGCUACCGCCUGAUCCGCGACCUCUUCGCCCACAAGGACGUCAUUUUCGGCGAGCUGAAGCGCCAGUCCAGCGCGCUCGGCAUUUCUUCAUCCAGCCGGCCGCGAGCCAUCAGCACCGACGAGAGCAACCGCCGUGCCGCAAUGGAAGCUCGCCAACGCGCCAUCGCCAGCAAAAGCCGAGCCACGAGUCCCGCGCCGCGCCAACGUCACCGCCGUGAUCGAUCCAGCGGUGCAUCGGAAUCCACCCGCUUCCCAAUCAACGUAACCAGCCCCCAGGAGCGCCGCCCACCCGUCCGUUCCAGCCUGGACGUCCCUAACGAGUCCCCGAAAACCUCCGCCGAAGCAGACAACUCUCCUCCAGCAAUCACCAACGAGGAAGUCGAGAUCGCAACCGCCAUGAACGGCACCGUUGUCGACUCGCCGAGCGAGGUCCACGGUAGCAAUGCCUCCUCGGGCUCAUUUAGUCCCCCUCCUCCACCCGAGACAGCUUCAGAUGGCUCGCCGACACCAACCCCCACUCCCGCCCCCACCUCCUCCGAAUUCGACAAGCGCUCAUCCAUUCCCCGCUCCGCUGCGCGGUAUACCCGCAAGCCGGGCCUCGGAAGCUUGUCAAGUUUCCCGACCAACUCGUCCGUCACCGCGGGAUCGGAGAGUAACCGGAGUAGCGUCGUCGAGGAGCCCAAGGGCGUCACUCUGGAAGAUAAGCCCAUGGAUGAUUAA